GCACGUCUUAUUGGAAUUAACAUUCAAUUCAUAAGCCUUUCAGAAUUUGACACCGUGCACAAGAAUUCUUAAAUUUCGGGUGUUUCUUUUCCUUUUUCUUCAUUUUCUCUUUUUGUUUUUUCUUCGGGCCACAUGGAAGGACACUUCAAACCCUAAUCUUAUCCCUUUAAUCGAUCCCAGGUCUGGGCGUAUGGCUCUCUCUCGUGCAGCUCUCUCCCCCUCUUCAGCUCUGUGCCUCUGUCUCUCCCCUUCUCCCCCUCUCUCCGCUGGACGAAGAACAGGUGCUCCCGCGCGGCUGAUCCAAGUCCGGUACCCCUCGCCGGCCUGGGUGGACGCGGACGUUGUCUUCGGCGCCGUCGUGGCGGGCGCUACCGACGCCUCUUCCGCGCCCGCCGCGGCCUUCUUCUCGCUGGCCCUCCUGCUGCGGCUCUUUUGGCUGUGCGCGCUCGACGCCCCCGCGGACGCCGGCUACCUCUUCUUCCGGGACCUCAGAGCUGGGAUCGAGCGCGCGCUUGGCGAGUGCCCGCCGGCGCUCGGCGCGUUCCUUCGCGCCGUCGGCCCGGACGUCGAGGAGCGGUUCAUGCGCUCGCUCGGCUACAUGCUCGCCAAGUGGUGCCUGCUGCGGGAGAUGCAGGCCGCUGGGAGGUGCCGCGUCGGGGGGGUGCCGCGCCGCCGUCACGCGCUCCCCGCCGCGUGCCUGUCGUACGCCGCCGAGGCGCACGGGCUCUGGUUCCUCAGAGGCUACGCGCCCGUGCUGGCGAUGCCGCGCGUCACGGGCCCCGCGUCCGCGUCCAUCGCGGCGUCGCCGCACGAGGUGCCUGAGGAGCCGGCACUGCGCUAUGGCCUGGUCUACCAGCAGCUCGAGGCUGUGGCGCAGCUGGAGGACGCAGUGCGGGUGCGCGACAGGAGGUUCCUCACCGUCUCCGUGCGCGUUGACAACGUCCGGGUGCGCGUCGCGCGGCUCACGUUCGAGAACGACGACGCGGGCGGCAUGGGCACCAACGCCGCCGCCGCCGAAGACGCCACCGGCGCCGACAUCAUGGACGACGAGCGCCAUUUCCCGUCCCGCAUCCAGAUCUGGGUCGGCCCACUGCGAGGGACAGACGAGAGAGAGAGGAACGACGAUAGAGAGGAGGGGACCAAUUCAGUUGAAGGGAUAAAGCCAGGGGCACAAGCGUCCAUUCAUGUGGCCUGGAGAAUAAAAAGUAAAGGAAAAAUAGUGAAAAUGAGGAAAGGGAAAAGAAACAUCUAAAACUGAAACAAUUCGCGUGUCAAAUUUUGGAAGGCUUGUGAAUUAGGUGUCAAUACCCGUAAGGCGUAUGGAUUGAAUCCCAAAUUCUGAAAUUUCUCUCCAAGAGAGAUUGGGUGGAUCCCUUCCA